AUGGAUACAAAUUAUCGAGGAGUCUCUACGGUCCUAUUUCAAUUACUCAACCAUUACGUACACUGUAAAGCAUAUCAACACACACAUUAUGAAAUUGAAAUAGAAUCUGUACCUCAACAUGAGAUAAAAAACGAUUCUGACAUGUAUUGGUCGUUGGGUUAUGCCAUUUUAUCAUAUUUGAAAUUUAAUGCUCAUGAAACAGAGAUUUCAUCUUCGGAAUUUGAUUUAGCUGACAUAAUAAAAUUUAUCAAAAAUCUUGACGAACAUCCAAGUAUAGAAAAAUUUCCAGUCCGACCAACAACCACAUCAGAAAAAGAUCGAUGCCCCUCAUUGCUACAUCUAAUCCAGCUGAGAUAUCAAUGUUAUAUGCGCGUUUAUACAAGCUGUAUGAAAGAUCACGGUAGAUUGAACCAUUUACAAAUAUUACGUCUUCAAAAAUAUACAAAUCUCGAUGAAGAUCCGAAUGACUUGACCUCGGAUAAAAAUAUUGAAUCCACUGAGCCUAUUGAGGAACUUCAACAGCCGAGCCGUAGUAAAUUUGAUUCUUUAGUUGGUUAUUGGCUUGGAAAAGUGAUGAAAGAUUCAUCGGAUAACGACGAUGAACUCGAAGCUCGAUAG